AUGGCUCGUGCCAUGGAUAAUGUGCUGUACUGGAUGGUGGAUUCGGCCACUACAACUUUGUAUUGCUAUGUGGAGUAUGGGGACGUGGAGAGCCGGUCGAGUUAUGAGGGUGUCGAGUCACGUUGGCAUGUGGUCUCGUUUCUGAUUUUGGGUGUGCUGGCGUACUGUGCUCGGAAGAGAUCAAGCUCCGGUCCGGUCAUUCGAUACGUGUGA